AUGGUAACAAAGUGGGUUGCAUCAUCAGGUAAUAGAUUUCAAGCUGUAUUUAUUGCAUAUGGUUUUUGUGUAAAAGGGUUUUUGGAAGGUGGUAUACCUAUAUUAUAUGUGGAUGGAUGCCACUUGAGUAGUCCAUAUAAAGAAGUGACAAUAGUAUCAAAAAGGCACAACUCAAUAAAAGGUGUAGUGCAAGCUGUGCUUGGAGGAGAUCAACAUGUUUUUUGCUACCGUCAUGUGAAGGAGAACUACAAUGCUGAGUUCUUGAAGAUAGCCAGGGAAAAGAGGAGGACCAGCAGACAGACGAAGGAAGUUGCACUAAAAUUACUUGAUUCUAUUGCGUACGCAAGACUUGACAGAGAUUAUGAUCACAGUAUGGAAAAGCUAAUGGGAUUUUGCCUAAAAUUAGGAUACUGGCUUCAAACAAAUAGAGACGUUGAGCAUUGGGCACAAAGCAAAUUUUUUUAUAAGAGGUGGGAUAAUAUCACAACAAAUAAUGCUGAAUCCUUUAAUGCUUGGCUUGUUGGUAAGAGGAAGCACAACAUAGCUGUCUUGAUACAUGAGCAUAGGGAAAAAUUAGCAAAAAAGAUAUACAACAGCAAACAGGCCAUGAGGAAUUGGAGCAAUGGUGUAGGACCUAAUAUAAAGGAAAAGCUGAUGGAUCAUGUGAUCAGAUCAGAAAGAAUAGAUGUGCAAGAUUAUGGAAUGAGCAAUUUCAGGGUCAGAUGGGAAAACCUAGAUGUGCGGAUUCUUCAGGUGAAUCAGCUCACAUGUAAAUGCAUUGAUUCUGGAUGUGAAUCCAGGUCAAGGAGGGCACUUGCAUAUGUAAGAGUACACGUUAUUCAAGUGAAGAACAACACGUUGAAUGAUCUAAUUGUUGUUGUUAACGUAAUUGUCUCUCUUGCAAAUUGUCUAAUCCUUCAUGCAAAGCGCUAA